GUCGGGGCGCUCGCAGCCCGCGCGUCCUGCUCCCCCGCGCCAUGGCGCCCGCCCGCCCGCUCGCGCUCCUGUUGCUGCUCGUCGUCUGCAGCCGGGCCACGACCGCCGAGUCGAUCCGAGAGACUGAGGUCAUCGACCCCCGUGAUCUCCUAGAAGGCCGGUACUCUGGAGCUCUGCCUGACGAUGAAGAUAUUGGAGGGCCAGGGCAGGAACCUGACGACUUUGAGCUGUCGGGCUCUGGAGAUCUGGAUGAUUUGGGGGAUUCCAAGACCACCCUUGAAAUGGGACAACCCUUGAUACCUCUGGAUAACUACAUCCCUGAGAGGGUGGGGCCUGGGAGUCGGGUCCCCACUGAACCCAAAGAGCCAGAGGACAACGAAAUCAUGCCCCAGGAGGACUUGCCUAUUGAAGGGGAGAACGAUGUGUCCAACAAAGUGUCCAUGUCCAGCACUGCCCAGGACAGCAACAUCUUUGAAAGAACCGAGGUCCUAGCAGCUCUGGUUGUGGGCGGUGUGAUGGGCAUCCUUUUUGCUGUUUUCCUGAUCCUGCUGCUGGUGUACCGCAUGAAGAAGAAGGACGAGGGCAGCUACGACUUGGGCAAGAAACCAAUCUACAAAAAAGCCCCCACCAACGAGUUCUACGCAUGAAGCUUCCCCACAGGCACUGCUUGGACUUGAGUGGGGAGGGAAGCCAAAGGAUUGUGAACGGUGGGCAUUAAAGUAGGGGGAGGGCACCUUAUAACUGACCUAUCAGUCUCCAGCUCUGGCCACCUUUUCAGAGUCAGAAGUGACAUCAUCUUCUACUGUACUGCCUAUGUUUUCUGAUUCUUUGUGCUCAAGUUGCCAGACUCAGCAGUGGGGUUAAACUUGGCCUUUCUGAAGGCAAGCCAUGGACUGGGUCAUUUAAAAAAUUUCCAGCUUAGAAUCUAGUGUGCUUAGAGCCUGUAUUGAGCGUGGCUCAUCCGGGGCUGAAGGGGUGACAGUGUGGGUCCUUGCAGGAGGUCUGCCCUGGCUGCCUUCUUCCCUGCUUCCCAGCCUGUCAAGAGAAGGGGCUACAAACCUCCGCAUCCUGUAGUAUGUGUAGCCACAGGUCCUUGUGGUUGUACUACCGGACUCUGGCAUGUCUUGGGCCAUUAGGCUGCUUUGAAUGACUUGGAAAUCCACCUUUUGUAUCUGGGGAGGGGAGGGAGAAGUACUGAAAGCUCAUUGCUGAAAUGAAUCUGUAGAUUAUUUGUAAAUCUGGUUUUUUUUUUUUUUUUUAAAACGGUUCAUUCCUUUGUGCAGAGCGUCUUUGCGCGAGCAUGGAGAUACAGAGCUAAUCUUAACUCUCGUGCAUUUCCACGGCACCUGCUAAGUUUGUAUUUAACAUUUUUGUUUUGUUUUGUUUUUGUUUCUUGAAAAUAAGAGAAGAGACAGAUAUGAUUUUUAUUAAUUUUUUUUUUUUUUUAUACCUUCAGAUAGGGCCUCUCUCUUUUCUUUUUUGCUCUCUUUCUAUAAGCUCCUUUCCCAUUUCAAAAAUACUUCACACCUCUGCUCAUGCCCUUGGCCCUUUCUGAAGCAGAUUUAUCUGAAAGUAGUUUUUGCUGAGAACAUAGUUUUGUAGCAGCUCUCAAGAUAUAAUGUAGAGGAUGGUGGGGUAUUUUUGUCUAUGUUCUUGUAAUAUAUUAUUAUUAUCUCCUGGUUCUAGAAAAAUAGAUAAAUAUAUUUUUUCAGGGUAUAGUAUGAUGUUCCCAGUUUCAUGAGGGCUGGGUGGCUGAGUGAGUGAAUUUCUGUGUGGCUGCGCAGGUUUGGGCCUCUUUUUUUCCUCUCUGCCCAGUUCUUGGUGCCUUUUGAUGGGCAGCAGUGGUUGAAGGUGGGUGAUUUUAACCCUCUUUCUGCCUUUUGCUUGGGGCCAAGCUGGGGUCCUAGGGCAGUGGUGGUGAACCUUUGGCCUACGUGCCGCCUUGGGCUGUCUGUUGUUACCAUUGAAAGCUCUAGAAGUUUCGCCAUCACUGUCCUGGGGUUUGCCUUCUUUGUGCUCUGGCUGUGCUAUCCAGUACAGUAGCUACAGAUGGCUGUUUAAGUGAGAUCAGUUCAGAUCAUAUAAAGUUAGAAACUUGUUCCUCAGUUGCACUGAGUUGCUCAGUCACGUGUGGCUCAUGGCCGCUCAUCCUUGGUGUGAAGAGAACGUGUCACCUACGGGAUGCACUGCAACAGAGAACUAAAUGGCUUAGCAAGUUACAGCUCAGCUUGGCUGGGAUGACCUCUGUCACCUUUGGGCAAGGGAGAGGACCAGGUGGGGACUGAGGAGGCUCCAGCUGGGUUGUGUUCUCUGGAACUCCCCCUCUUAGAGAGGAGAGGGUAGGUGGCUUAGCUGAGGUAAGCUGAAUCUUCUAACCCACUAGCUGUGGGGAGGGGAAUCCUGUCCCCUCCUGAGCCCAGUGGCUGUGAGCACUCAACACCUACCCAACCCAUGUGCCCAGCUGCCUGGCUUCACUUCCGGCCCAGGCCCCCCUUUUCACAGGCUGCUGGAGUGAGUCCUGUUUCUGUAGCCACCUCUUAUACUGUUGUCUGUUACUGAUUUUUUUUUAUAAAAGAGAUAAUAAAAUCUGGUACUUUCUAGA